AUGGAGACCGCUGUCCGCUGGUCACCGAGUUCAACAUUGGACGACCAGAGGUUUCUCUACGUCGAUAUACCCGGCAAGUCCUUCAACUUAUGCAAGGUCACCUCUCGUGAUGAUGUCCUGGGGACGUUGAAGUAUGAUGUUCUAUUUUCCCGACACUCAGUCCCUCCAUUCCGAGCAUUUGACUGGUCAUCAGCCGAUGAGAACUUAGCCGUUGUUGGACAGUCGUCGGGAGAGGCAGCAGUUCUCCGCUUAGAUGAUGAUACGCAGAGUCCUGUUGUUUUCCCCAUACGAAAUCAGAGAUCUUGCAAUGCUGUUGCAUUUAAUACACAGGGAUUGCUAGCUGCUGGCCUCGACAAAGUUAGGAAUGAUUUCAGCCUGAAUAUAUGGAAUGUGAAUCAGCGCCUUAGCUUAGGAAGCUCCGCUCGACCAUUUGGAUCCAGUCGGUAUCCUACAGAACCGCUCCGGAAGCUUGCCAGCUCAGAACCAAUUACAAGUAUCAAGUUCUUCAAGGAUCACCCAGAAACGCUAGUUGUUGGGGUUCGAGGUCAGUCAGUUAGGAUAUAUGACCUACGAGGUAUGUACAUAUUUCAACCCCUGCCCUUUUGCCAGAGUUACAUCACUUUAUUUUUGAAAAUAGUAUCUAAACCUCGUCUGUUUCUAGAGUCAUCUGGUAGCCCAUCACUGCAGUUCGUCACACGGUGUGUCCACAACAUAGCCAUAGAUUGGCUAGACGAGAACUAUAUUGCUGCUUGUUUCCCUUCGAAUGACGUCGCCAUUAGCAUAUGGGAUCGCCGUUCAGGAUUUCGCUACCCCACAGCCGCAGGUGCCGCAUCUGCUAGUGCGGAUUCUGGUCCUCUUUCUACUGCGUUGGACUUAAAACCAGAUAUAGAAUCCAACUCUACAAUCUCAAGUCUCCGGUUUUGUCGAUCAAAGCGGGGAUGCUUAGGAAUGCUUACCACAACCGGAACGUUUCGUUGCUAUGAUAUUGCGAAGGAGUAUCUUUCCGAGGAAAACAAAUCAUCCUUAGAACAUGCCCUAGGGCAAGACUCGAGCAAACAUUACCCUGAGCAAAUAUAUACUAGGAAAGUGCAAGACUUCAGGCCUUCUAUUCUCCCUUCUGGCGGUGCUGCAAGGAAAGACUGGCAACGGGUUACUUCCUUCGAUUUUCUAAACAAAGGAGUGGUAUCUCAACCGGUUGCAAUAACACUCUUGGCUGACAAGACUGUCAGCCUUUUUACUCCACCACCUCCGCCAUCCUCCACAGAUCUUUCUUCUAAGUGUUCUUUGAGUAUAGGAGGUCCAGUUUGCAGUGACUCGAGCCCUAUGGUUUUGAGGCCAUCAUCAGACUUAGGACUCACUGCAUCACAAAUUAAUUUUGGAAAAACUCCUAAUGUACUUUCGAGUGAGGAGGAACAUAGCCACCAAUCCACCUCGGGUCACCAAAUUGGCGAAACGGCUGAAACAAACCACGAAAAGCGAGAUAGCGCGUUUCCAAUCGACGACAAUCCCUCAUUUGAUGAUGCACUGUCAUGGCUAACUAUACCCCGCUUGAGAUGUAAAGAAGGAUAUCUGCUGGAUAGCGAGAAAAAUAAGGCUAUAGUAUCCGAUAACCACUCUCUACAGGAGUUAUGGGAUUGGAUUAGGCGUAAGUUACCUGUCUACAUCGAAUUUUCUGUUUUACUAAUAAAAACGAUUAGGUGCACACUCGCGGUCAAAGAACGAUUCGAUGAUCAUACACGGAAUUGA